ACCAGGACGCGCGUCCCCCUGCUGGGCUCCAUCCCGGCUGGAUUCUGUGGAUUUUGUUGUUUCUGGUUCCGGAGGCGCGGACACGUGAUUCCAUGGCCGCUGAGGCCACGAGCUCCCCGCGGCUCGGGACCGGCCACUCCGGGAUCUGAACCCACACACACACACAUAGGAAGCGGGACAUUGGCGGAUCACCUUGGAGGUCCUAAACCAUAACCACGAACCCCCCUCCCCUCUCCUCCUCUUCCUCCCCCUCUUCCACCACUAAAGGGAUUUCUCUCUCUCUUUCUUUCUCUCUUUCUCUUUCUCUGGAGAGGAGUCGUCCCCCUCUCAAGAGUGUGACCCCCCCUCCCACCUUGUCAGCCCCCCUCCAAACAAAAUGAGACUGGCCAAAAUGUGCCGACUAAACGUGCUGGGGAUCUAUUUGUGGGAAACGCUAGUGUUUUUCAGCUUGGCAGCGUCGAAAGAAGCUGCUGCGAGAAAAGCCGCCACUCCGAUGCCGCCCUCCGAGUUCCUGGACAAACUCAUGGGCAAAGUCUCGGGUUACGACGCCAGAAUCCGACCAAACUUUAAAGUGUACAACAAAGACCCCAAAGGCUCCAAAAAUGAAGCUACUCACAAGAAAGGUCCGCCGGUCAACGUCACCUGCAACAUUUUUAUCAACAGUUUUGGGUCCAUCGCCGAAACAACAAUGGACUACAGAGUGAACAUCUUCCUGAGGCAGCAGUGGAACGACCCCCGGCUGGCGUACAGCGAGUACCCCGACGACUCGCUGGACCUCGACCCCUCUAUGUUGGACUCCAUCUGGAAACCUGAUUUGUUCUUUGCCAACGAGAAGGGGGCGAACUUCCACGAGGUCACCACCGACAACAAGCUGCUGCGCAUCUCGAAAAACGGCAACGUGCUCUACAGCAUACGAAUAACACUGAUCUUGGCCUGUCCCAUGGAUCUGAAGAACUUCCCUAUGGACGUCCAGACGUGCAUCAUGCAGCUGGAGAGCUUCGGCUACACCAUGAACGACCUCAUAUUCGAGUGGGAUGAGAAGGGAGCCGUGCAGGUGGCCGACGGCCUGACGCUACCUCAGUUCCUACUCAAAGAGGAGAAGGACCUGCGCUACUGCACCAAGCACUACAACACAGGUAAAUUCACCUGCAUCGAGGCUCGUUUCCACCUGGAGCGUCAGAUGGGCUACUACCUGAUCCAGAUGUACAUCCCCUCGCUGCUCAUCGUCAUCCUGUCCUGGGUUUCCUUCUGGAUCAACAUGGACGCCGCGCCCGCCCGGGUGGGUCUGGGCAUCACCACCGUGCUGACCAUGACCACGCAGAGCUCCGGCUCCAGAGCCUCCCUGCCCAAGGUGUCGUACGUAAAAGCCAUCGAUAUCUGGAUGGCCGUGUGUCUGCUCUUCGUGUUCUCGGCCCUGCUGGAGUACGCCGCCGUCAACUUCAUCGCUCGCCAACACAAAGAGCUGCUUCGCUUCAGACGGAGGCGACGACACAUGAAGGAGGAUGAGACGGGCGAGGGGCGCUUCAGCUUCCCCGGUUACGGCAUGGGCCCCGCCUGCCUGCAGGCCAAGGACGGCAUGGCCAUCAAGGGCAACAACAACAACGCCCCGGCCUCGGUCCCGCCCGAGAAGACCAUCGAGGAGAUGAAGAAGCUGUUCAUCGGCCGGGCCAAGCGCAUCGACACGGUGUCCCGUGUGGCCUUCCCGCUCGUCUUCCUCAUUUUUAACAUUUUCUACUGGAUCAUUUACAAGAUCAUCCGCAGCGAGGACGUCCACAAGCAGUAGUCACCUCUCGACUGCUGCUUGAGGAAAUCCUCCACAAGCAGGGAUACGAUCGCCCCCCCGAGGAUACGAUCGGCCCCUUCAGCCCCUCCUGACCCCGACGACACAUCAUUUGAGAAGCUUUUCUUUUCCCCGUUAUCCUCCUUCUCCUGCCCCGAGUCCCACCCCUGCUCCCGUCUCUUUACACCUCCUGAAUAAUCCGGACCAGUGCAAUAGCAAUGCAGUAAAAUGCAUGAUAUAUGAAUGUGGCAAUAUAUUAAUGAAAAGAUGAAAAAUGAAAAACAGACUUUUGCGGGCACACCCGGCGAACUGUGGGCGAGUGGACGGACUGGAACAAAAGGAGACGAUGACAGAGUCUUGUAAAGGGUCGUAUAUUUGAUUUAAGUUUACGUGUGAAGACAGAUAUUAUAAUUCUAUAUGAAAACGGGAUGUGGGGACGGGGUGGGGGAUGUGUGAGAGGCAGACAGCAGUGUAAUAUACUCAUAUAUUUAUCAUAAAUGGAAUAAAAGAAUGAACCUUAGGAACGUGGGCAUCUGGAAAAUGAGGGAUUUUUCACACCCCCCCCAAAAAAAGGAGCGAAGGCGGAUCGGUGCUUCCAUUAAUUAAAGCGAUGCAAGGAUGACACAUUCUAUAUCUAGAUUUGCUUCAAAUGUGUAUUGCAAGCACUCGUCAAUGCUUUUUCUCCCCCAGCCGCCGCCAGCGCCACAGAACCUCGACCUGCAGAGACACUCGGGGUUCGCUGCUGCCGCCGUCAAUCACACGACUGGACAGAAAAUAACAUGAGAUUUAAAAAAAAAAAAAAGAAAAAGAAAAACACUGGACGAGCAGUGGUGAAUAUUCUGAGACAGAAUAUCUUGUUUAUCUGUGGCGUUCCUCUUCCUCGUCCGUGAUUUAUUUCUUGAUGCAUUUGUUGUCAUUUUGGCUUGUUUCUUAAUUCUUGUGCCAAUUAAACAUGUCGCGUGUGGCUGUGCAGCUCCAGACGUUUCCCGCAGGAGGAAGCGGCGCCGCCGUGACGUCGGCCGCUGCAUCGGUUGACGUCACCUCACAUGUGCUUCGUCUUGUCUUUUUUAAUUCCGAGAGACGUAAUAGUUUUUUGUUUUUCAUCACCUGGAGAGACGGAACAUAUCGAUCCUGGACGGAGAACAACGCAGAUCCUCGUUUCCUUUCCUUGUCGUGUUCUUCGGGACUGAAACAUUAGACAUGUUUACAUCCUAUUAGUGCUUCCUUGCUUUGGCCCCGCCUUAACAUGAAACCCCGCCCCCUCCCAUGCCCAGCCGAGAGGAUAUAUGUAGUUAAACUGUACAGAUUAUUACACCUGUUAUACCUUAAUUAACUGUGUUUCCACCUCAUUCACAUGCACCAACUGUAGCUGCAGACGUCGUGACUUGUGAAAAGCUGCGUUAUCGUCCAUUCCAAGUGUAACAACGAGUUUAGUUCUGUCACAGCCACGUUGGACGGGAUUUGAUCAUGCAGCAGGUCGGUUGGUUUCGAUGAUUUGUGCGAAUAUUAUUAUCUUACUUUGCAGCAGGCUUCUCUAUGCAAUGUAGGUUUUUUUUUUCGUCCGUUUAGCGCAACCAUCUCAACAGCACCACCUACCUGUGGCUCAUCGUACUGCUAGACUGCGUCUCUAAUGCUUAUUGACAAGUAUGGAACAAACAGAGAAGACAAAUGACUAAAAACAGGUUUUUAUUUUGGUUUUGUUUUGCCCGUUUGAAAAACAUGUUAGAAAUGAUCAGGACGCAGAUUGAGCCAAACCUCUGAACCCGGCAGAACUCGGAAGGAAAACAUAUUUUUGUGUAUAUGAACGGUUGUUUCAGGAUUUUACGUCUUUUGUUGAAUUUACUCCCCAAAAAAAAAUAUAUACAAAGUGCUUUUAUACUUUUACAGGAAGGUUUUAAACGUGACAGUUGCAAAAAGUGAAAUUUGCAAAUUUGUAGCAAAGCAACAUUGUGUGUUCUCAUUGUUGUUUUUUUUUGUCUUUUGAAUUCCUGCCGUUAAUUGGUUUAUUGAUUAUGUUCAGUGUGAGUGUUUCAGACGUAUCGUAUUUUCCACCUUUUACUGCAGACACAACAUUCUUGGGAAAUACGACGUUUUGCUUUCUGUAUCAGAGUCAGGUGAGAAGAAAGAUAACAUCGAGUGCGUUAAUGCGAACUAUGAUUAGCCUAGCUUAGCAUGACUGGUUUUACAUUUUGGUUUGUGUACCAAUUACACAAUCCAGAUAUACGGAGGAAAUAGGUUUCUUGUUGAGGUAUUGGUCAACAAAUAUUUGAAAAUUUGGGGGGGACCAUGCUAGCUGUUCCCCCUGUUUCUAGUGUCUAUGCUAAGCUAGGCUAACUCCGACAGAAAGUGAAUAAGGGUAUUUUCCAAAAUGUUUCACACUUUCAAACAGCUGUAAAACUUCAGCUGUAUAAUGUUUCAUUGUGGGGAGUCUCUCCCGGACGUAUUUAACUUUGCAAUAAUGGUACAGUUGGUAUUUUAUUUGAUCCUUGAGUCUAAAUCAGCUGUUGGUUGCAAUGAAAAAUAUUGUUUCAUUGAUAAUUUCUACUUGUGAAAAUGUUUAAGCCCCAGUCCAACUUGGUUUUGAAGCAAAACCAAAGAUUUCUUUUGUUUGUUUUUCGUGUUUGACGAAGUCGUCAGUGCUGUUUGCUGCUGUCGGGGGAUUUUUAAAGAACGUAAUAUUAUAUUCACUUAGUCUUUGAGUUCAAUAACUGACUGGCUUAGAUUAUCAUCAGAUAUACAGUUAUUAUUAUAAUGUAGACAAAAUAUUUUCAUAUGGAGCAUUUCCCACUAUACCUACACAAUUUAUACUUGUAAAACACAUUUGUUUGUUUAUUUAUUUUGAACAGAGACUUAUUUAUUUAUUUAUUUAUUUAUUUAUUAAUCUUGUGGAGACGUUUUUGUUUGAAUCCAUUUUAUUUUCAUGUAUUUGUUCAUCUGAGUGUGUCCGACCGAUCCGAAGGGCUACGUCACGCGCAUUCUUCUGUUCACAUUCCAACGUGUUUCAACUUUAAAGUGGAAGUGCCAUAAAAACGCUAUUCGCCCCAGAAACUAUGCAUUUCAUUCAGGAAGACAACAGCGAUAAACCUUCUCAAGGCCAUGAUCACCAAGGACGCACCAAGGACUCUCGUACAGCCGCCAUCUUGGACAGUUAGCGUUAGCUUUAGCAGCAACUAGAAAGCUCCAACAAAAACAGUUGUUCCAAAGACCUCGGAAAUAAUGCUAAUUUGAGCUUUUUCGUAAAGUUGAUUAAUUUGGUGAAAUAUCAGAAAUGGUAUUUCGUCGAAAAGAUGGCUAACACGUUCUCCAUUAAACCUCGGGGGUCGGAUGAACAUCACCACCCCCAACUUCGACAUCUAAGAUGGCCGCUCCGUAUAUCAACAGUAAUGAAAACCGUAGUUUUUACUCUUUAUUAGCACUUCUGUCAUUAAUACUGUCCAGUUACGAUCUCUGGACGUAUUACUACAAUGUCAGUAUGCGUAAGAUACUGCUAAAUGCGUUAUUAUGACCUGUUUUUGCUAACAAUGGCUAGCUGGCUAACGUAAACAUAGUCCCUGUGCAACUGGAACGUUAACAACUUGGGUAUUUCAGGUGUGACGUCAUUUCGAGAGCCGAACUCCGAGGUGUAAUGGAACGUGGCAUUAAAGUGAAGAAGCAAUGUAAAAGUAAACCAGUCAUCGACACAUGCUAUUUAGCUGAGUGGGAAAUUUGUGCGUAAUGUUGCUCAGUAACGUUACUUAGUUCAAACGCACGCUAACAUAUUAUCUAGCUCAUAUUUUAUGCCAGUUUUAUUUAUAUAGCAUGUAAUUGAAAGUAAACAUGAGGAUUCGGUCAUUCCUUCCUUUUUAUUCUUAUCUUGUGUGCACAAGUAAAAGAUCUUUUAGGCAGGAGAUUAAAAAAAUAUCUUUAAAUAAAACAACAUAGAAAAGAAAAAGAAGAUAUAAACGGCAGCUUUCGUUGACUUUCAAACUGCGAAUUUAAACUAGCGCCCUCUAGAGUUUAGUCGGGACAACAUAUUUACAUUAACGAUAAAAACACUUGGUAGCAUGUGCCUCCUCUCUGAUCACGGCCUGAAACCGUGGAAACGUCAGCAGACUCGUUCUAAUCAGACUUUAAUACUUUAUUUCCCUCUGUGCCAUAAACACUCACGAUUCUGUCCAUCAGCCUCUUUGCCAUCAGCAGCCGGUUCACACGUUUCUCUUUGUGCCAUAUGUGGGUUGAAUAUGCAACUAAAAGACGAGGACCUACGAGCAUAUCAUGCAUUCGCCCCCCCCGCCACCGCCACCGUUUUACAUGAAGUAUUUUUCACAUAUUCAUACGCUUUCCUCAGGUGUGCGUGUUGUGCGUGUCAUAGUCAUGUUCGAGCUCCGUCAUUGGCCUCACAUCAUCGUAUUAAUCAGUGUUAUACUGUACGGGGUCGGGGGAGGGAGGGGUCCAUGCUGCGUUGAUCGCGUUGCGCUGCGACGUGAUGCUAACGGACUGAGCAACGAGCGACGGGUUUUUGGACGUUUAUAAAUCCUUAGGUUCUGAACUGGAUUUUAAAGUAGCAUGGUUUGAUUUGUUGAUGAUUAAUGAUUCUAUUGGUUUAUGGGGUUUGUGUUUGGUUCUCUCGUAUCUUAUUGUAUGUAUCGUACAAUCCGAUGCCCCGAGGGAGAAGAUACAGCGACUCGUGAACUGCUGUGAACUAAAGGAAACAUUAUUAUUACUAUUAUUAGGGAUUAUUCUAUUUAUUUAUUUUCUUUGCACAAGUUGGAAUGGCCUUAAUUUUUGCUUUACUUGCUUCUAUUGUGUAUUGGCACAAAGUGCACCCGUUUGAUUUGCAGAGAUUACGAUGCUCAUUAUGAUGCUUAUAAUCCGAGAGUGCACAUUCGAAGCAGGAUGAAAAAAAAAAAACAUUUAAAAGUUCAGCAAAUUCUUUUUAUUUUUCAUUAAUCUGAAAAACAAUAUUUUGCAUGAAUAUAAAUACAAUGGCAGAUAUUUUGGCUUGUACAAAAAAAGUGAAGCAAUUUGAAGAGAAAAAAAGAAUGUACCGUUUCUGCUGUAUCUGUAUAUAUCUAAAUAUUUAUUGAAAUAUGUCAUACUACUAAUUCUAUUAACGAUUAAAGGUUUUCUGAACAAAAAUCUCUUUACCUGUUUUUGAACAUUGUCAAGGUUGUUGGAGUUGGAUCUUUCGGUUUCUGUUCCUCUACUCAAGGAUCUGUGUAAUCAUUAAAGAGAAAGUAUUAAAAAUUGCAAAUAAA